AUGAAGCCUUCGAAUUCCUCACUCAGAAAACUCAAUCCUUAUGUGUGUAAAGCGUGCACGCGACGCAUAAGAAGUUUUGCCACGACGGCUUCUCCUCCGGGUGCGACGUCGAUUGCGAAUAAGAAUCGGCGUCCGGAUGUUUAUGAUGUGGUGUGUGUGGGAGGGGGACCGGCGGGAUUGAGUCUGGUUGCUGCUUUGCGCGCAAACCCCCUCACUCGUAAUCUGCGGCUCGCGCUGAUCGAACCGCAAGCUUUGUCUAAAUCGCUCAAUUGGAAACCGAAGGAUGGGGAGUAUUCGAAUCGGUGUAGUAGUUUGACGCCGAAGAGUGUGAGGUUUCUCAAGGAUAUAGGGGUGUGGGAGGAGGUGGAGGGGAGGAGGGUACAGGGGUAUGGGGGAAUGCAGGUUUGGGAUGGGGUUAGUGGGGGGAGGAUUGGGUUUGAUGUGGAGGUUGGGGGGAGGGGGGAGGAGGUGGUGGAGGGAGAGGGAAAGGUGGUGGCGUACAUGAAUGAGAAUGCGAAUUUGGUGAGGGGGUUAUUGAGGAGGAUAGAGGGGUUAGGAGGGGUAGAUAUUUUGGAGGGGAAAGUUGCAGAUAUUGAGUUGGGACAGGAGACCGAAGAGGGAGAUUUCUCUGGCUGGCCAAUUGUGAAGGUGGAAGGAUGUGAAAAAAGUCUCGCGGCGAGAUUACUAGUCGGCGCUGAUGGACAAAACUCCCCCGUGAGGAAAUUCGCAGGCAUUGAUAGUCGAGGGUGGGAUUAUGGUCGUGUGGGUGUAGUAGCGACUUUGGCACUAGAAGCUCAGCAUGAAGUGGGCAAGAUUGCAUAUCAAAGAUUCCUACCUACAGGACCAGUCGCCAUGUUACCUCUCCCGGGAAAUUACGCAACGUUGGUUUGGAGCACCACUCCGGAAAAUGCAGCUGUUCUGAAAGGAUUGAGUGCGAAAGAUUUCAUCGCUAUGGUGAAUGCGGCGUUUAGAUUAAGCACGGUGGAUUUGAAAUACAUGCACACUCAGUCGUCAGGCCAAGCAGAAGAAGUAUCAUGGCGUCUCCAACACACACCUAUUUCCGGCACUGUGCCUGCCCCUGUCACUGGCGUCCAGGAAAACAGUAUCGCUUCCUUUCCUCUCAAAAUGCGCCACGCAGAUACAUAUAUUGGGGAACGCAUUGCACUGGUUGGAGACGCGGCACAUACUAUUCAUCCGUUAGCGGGCCAGGGACUCAAUCAAGGACAAGGAGAUGUUGAGAGUUUGGUCAAAGGGAUCGGUUAUGCGGUGGAUCAUGGGAUGGAUAUCGGGGUACGCAUGAGUUUGGAAUCGUAUAAUUCGGAGAGGUAUAUGCAGAAUCAUGUGUUAUUGGGGGUGGUGGAUAAAUUGCACAAGUUGUAUAGUGUGGAGAGCGGACCGGUGGUCUGGGGGAGGACGUUGGGGUUGAGAGCUGUGGAUGCGAUGGGACCGUUGAAGAAGUUCUUGAUGGGUCAGGCUGCGGGGACGGGGACAAAGAUCUUGUAG